AUGGGCCCUGGAGCGGCCAUGGGCCGGGGCCGCGCCUCCUCCCGCGCCUGGCCUUCGGGUUUUACAAACUGGGCGGGAAGGGAGCGGUGCACCUACACCCGGCGUUCUGAAACCCGUUCCCCCAGGAGGUCAAGCUCUCGGUGCUCUGUAGCAGGAAAAAGGCCUUGUCACCCUCCGUGAGCCCGAUGACUUGAUUCUCAGCCCUCAGGGAUUCCACCCUGGAGGACAAAACCCUUGAUGGGCCUGAGCGGAAGGCCUCAAACCCAAAUGGUUUCUGUCUGAACCUGGGGUAGAAAAUACAGUGAGGAAGGCGUUACGGUUCUUCAGAAGUAAGGGGACUGGGAUCUAAACUGAGGAGAUGGCAAAAAUGAUCCACAGUCUAUUUCUUAUAAACUGUUCUGGUGACAUAUUUCUAGAGAAGCACUGGAAAAGUGUUGUGAGCCAGUCUGUCUGUGAUUACUUCUUUGAAGCUCAGGAGAAAGCUGCCGAUGUUGAAAAUGUACCACCUGUCAUUUCGACACCUCACCACUACCUCAUCAGUAUCUACCGCGAUAAGCUCUUCUUUGUGUCUGUCAUACAGACUGAAGUGCCACCUCUCUUUGUGAUUGAAUUCCUACACCGAGUUGCUGAUACUUUCCAGGACUACUUCGGUGAGUGUUCAGAGGCUGCAAUUAAGGACAAUGUGGUCAUAGUAUAUGAGCUCUUGGAAGAAAUGUUGGACAAUGGAUUUCCACUGGCUACUGAAUCUAACAUUUUAAAAGAACUGAUUAAACCACCAACAAUUUUACGUUCUGUUGUCAACUCUAUUACAGGCAGUAGUAAUGUAGGGGACACACUCCCCACUGGGCAGCUAUCCAACAUCCCAUGGCGCCGGGCAGGAGUGAAGUAUACCAACAAUGAAGCCUAUUUUGAUGUUGUUGAAGAAAUAGAUGCAAUUAUAGAUAAAUCAGGAUCUACAGUCUUUGCAGAAAUUCAGGGGGUCAUUGAUGCUUGCAUUAAGCUGUCUGGAAUGCCUGAUCUCUCUCUCUCUUUCAUGAACCCAAGGCUUCUGGAUGAUGUCAGCUUCCAUCCUUGCAUCCGGUUCAAGCGUUGGGAAUCUGAAAGAGUUUUGUCAUUUAUUCCUCCAGAUGGAAAUUUCCGACUCAUUUCAUACCGUGUCAGCUCACAAAAUCUAGUGGCAAUACCUGUAUAUGUGAAACACAGUAUCAGCUUUAAGGAGAACAGUUCUUGUGGCAGAUUUGAUAUAACAAUUGGACCAAAGCAGAACAUGGGAAAAACUAUUGAAGGAAUUACAGUGACAGUUCACAUGCCAAAAGUUGUGCUGAAUAUGAACCUGACACCAACACAAGGCAGCUAUACAUUUGAUCCAGUCACCAAGGUACUAAUGUGGGAUGUGGGGAAAAUUACUCCACAAAAGCUCCCAAGUCUUAAAGGACUGGUAAAUUUGCAGUCUGGAGCACCCAAACCAGAAGAAAAUCCGAGCCUCAACAUACAGUUCAAGAUCCAGCAGCUUGCUAUUUCAGGUAAGAAAUGUUUGGCUUGGGUUUAA